AUGGUCAAGCCAUCGACCUGCUGCGGUCGCAGCGACGACACCUGCCUCUGCGCGCAAAAAGCCACUUGUUCAUGCGGACAGCAAUCGGCGCUGAAUUGCAACUGCGAGAAGAAGGCACAGGAGAAUACGAUCCAGGGACCGAGAUGUUCAUGCAACGCCCGUCCCGCCCAGCAAUGUACAUGCGAUCGAGCCGCCACCGAGAAUGUUGCCCCCUCUGGUUCGACAUGCGCGUGUGGGAAGAGGAGCGCCACGAGCUGCAAUUGCUCCAAGGCUACUGAGGGCGGACUUCUGGCGACGGAGACUGAUUUCACAACGAAGGCAUAG